AGGAACUAGCUGAUCAUAUGAAUUUGAUGAUUGGAUGACAUGAAUGUAGACUGUUUAAGGUCCAGCUUAUUUCUCAUUUUCAGUUCCCAUUUUUCUGGUGAAGUCAGAGCUGUUUGUUGGGUGAAGCAACAAGAAAAAGUUCUCAUUCACCAUCAGCUUCAAGAAAUAGGAGUCUCAUGCUGCCUUGUUUACAUGAUGGACGGAUAUGUCAUAUCAUCUCAGGGCAAAGAAGCACAAACCUUUACUCUCUCAGUGACAAAAUCAAGUUUCCCCCCUCCAAAGUCCUCGGAGGAAAUUAUUCCAAAUGAGCCAGAGAACUAUCGACCACCUGCGGAGCUGUACCCCUACCUCACUAAUGUGGGGGAGAUUUAUGAAGACCACAGAUGGACUUUUCACCCUGAGCGCAUCCAGCUGCCGGACUUUGAGAUUUCACCGGUGAAUCCACUCACAGAGCUUCAGUCUGUUUCUCCUCAACAACUGAUACAACCGUACCGCUACAGCAGUGAGUCUCUGCCCCUUCACUUGGACCCUCCACUCACAUCUCUCUCUGUUUCACCACAGAUCCCAUAUUACACCCCAUCAUUGUGCUACCAGUAUCAACCCGCCACCUCGCCUGGCCAUUACUACUCAGAGGAGGAACAAAGAGUAAUCAGUCCCCCACUUGAGGUAUCAGAAGGGGAGGAUGAAUGUGACCACAACCACUUCUCCUUCAGAAAAGACACUAAUCACAAGAAGAAAAUCCGCCUGUACCAGUUCCUCCUGGACUUGCUACAAAGUGGAGAUAUGACCAACAGUAUCUGGUGGGUGGACCAGGACAAGGGCAUCUUUCAGUUUUCCACAAAACACAAGGAAGCUCUGGCCAGCCACUGGGGUAUUCAGAAGGGCAAUCGCAAAAAAAUGACCUACCAAAAAAUGGCUCGAGCUCUGAGGAACUAUGGUAAAACUGGAGAGAUUAAAAAAGUAAAGAAGAAGCUGACAUACCAGUUUAGCGAGGAAGUGCUGAGGAACCUCUCUUUACGGCACUAUCCUCACUGAUGAUUGAACAAAGUCUGUCUUUUAUGCUGAAAUCACUAAAGUAGCCAUUAUUCUGUUUUGCCUGUAGAUUUGCAAUCUCAUUCUUUUACUGCCAAAUUUUUCAUACUUAUUUAUUUGUAAUGUCUGUGCAUUUCCUCUAUGGCAUUUCUGAACCUUUCUUAUAAAGUGCUUGUUUUCACAAUUAAAUGGAGUUUGUGGAAUAAAGGAUGAUUAAAGGUCAAGGACAGGUAAAAAAAUUGUUUGACAUGACCUUUUUGUUAUGAAUGUGUGAAUGAAUAUGUUUUAUUCCUUUUGCAAAAUCACUCAAACUGCUCCAACAAAACUUGUUCACAGUGUGCACAUGGUGUAAUCUUUUUCUAAUUCAGUGCAG